CCUCGUUGCAGUCGUGGGGAAGAGCGGAAGUCAGCACACACGCUCUCUCUCUCUCGCUCGCGCAGGGAAGCUCGUAUCCCUUCCCUCGUUCCAGUUUCUUCAUGAGGAUCGCAACAGUGGGCACAAGUUAUACGUACCCGAGAAAAGUGGGAUGAGGGAAGACCUAAUUACUCAUAAGACAUAGGUGGGAACUUUAGGGGUUAAACUUGAUUGGUUGGAUGUUACUGACAACAGCAUACUAAAUACAGCACAAUGGAAGAGAGGGUCAUUGCAGCCAAUCCUUCUUAGUAUGGAAAAGCAUUUUGCGUUAAUCCUACACGAAGGGCAAGCAUAGGGCUGGCAUGCCAGUAGUUGUCAAUCUGCCAGUUACCUCCCGUUUUCCUCAAAUUAAGCUCCUAGUCUCCUUUACCAGGAACCUCCAUUUGUCAACUUUUUUGUCCCUGAGACAUUUGCCCUUAUAUUUGCAAGAAAUAAAGUCGAUUUCCUUUUGUUGCUUCUCUGGAGUGGCAAUGCCGACUUCUUCAAAAACUGUUGUGGAGUAUGCUAAGUCAAACCGUUCUUCAUGCAAGAAGUGCUUCAAGACAAUUGACAAAAAUGCUGUUAGGUUGGGGCUAGUGAGCAGAGAUUCUCGAGGUUUUGACAUGACCAGUUGGCACCACAUGAAUUGCUUUCCUUUUGAUUCAAAUUCUAUGAGUUCAACAGAGGCGAUCAAAGGGUUCUCUCUUUUGAAGAGUAGUGACCAAGAGUCUCUAAAGGAAUUGUUAGGCAGCUGCAAGAAGACUCCAGAAGAGAUUCAAGAACAGAAUGAAGAUGAAGAAAAUGAAAUGAAGGAGAAAUAUAUGAAAAAGCGUAAGAUUCAAGAAAGAGAUGAUGGUGCAGAAAAUGAAGCAAAGGAUGGAAAUGCUGCAAAAGCACAGUUGGCUUUACCUGAAGAGGAUGACCAAGUAGAAAUUACCCUUUCAGCUUCUGCAAUCAAGGACAAUUACAAGGAUGCCAAACUAUCGCCAAAGUGGAAAGCUUUUGAGACAAUUAUUUUUCUGGAACGGGAUGAAGGUCUUCGUGAUUCGAGUAAAAUUGCCGCAUUUGAUUUUGAUGGUUGUCUGGUGAAUACAUCUGUAAAAAGAGUAGGUCCAGAUGCUUGGUCACUUCUGUAUCCUUCAAUUCCGGAGAAGUUGCGGCAGUUGUAUGAUGAAGGCUACAAGCUGGUAAUCUUUACCAAUGAAUCAAACAUUGAGCGCUGGAAGAAGAAGAGACAGGUGGCUGUGGACUCAAAACUAGGAAGACUGAACGGCUUUAUCAAGCUAGUGAAUCUCCCAAUUCAGGUGUUUAUAGCUUGUGGCAUCAGUAAGCCUAGAGGUCCGGCAGAAGAUCCCUAUCGCAAACCCAAAACAGGAAUGUGGAAUGUUAUGGCAAAGUAUUUCAACUCUGGCAUUUCGAUCGAUAUGGACAAAUCCUUUUACGUUGGUGAUUCUGCUGGGAGAAUCAACGACCAUAGUGAUGCUGACAUCAAAUUUGCUCAGGCCAUUGGUUUAAAGUUCUAUCUCCCCGAGGAAUAUUUUCCGGUUUGAAGGAACGGUGUGGGGCGCUUGAGCGUGCACGAUCCCUGCAUCGAGUUGGAUAUUACCAGUGGGCUUAGAAGUAAGAGAUCCCUGGUAUUGACUGCGUUGGUUUGCUUUCUGGGAAGAGGCUUCUGAUCUUUGUCAUGAUCUCUAGCAUUUUUGCUAUUUAUGGUGAAACUCGAAUACCUCGGUGUAACAUCGCUGCUACGCUCCUUCGCUUCUUGAAUAUGCCUCCAUCUUGUUUAUGGUUUCCCAAAA